GUGUGAGUGUGCGCGCGCCCGUGCGCCCGUGUACGUGAGUGUGUAUGUAAGCUAGCGAGCAGCGCUGUAGAUUAUAUUUGCAAGCAGAGAGCGAGAGUAGUAGUGUUGUGUGCCAAACCACACGACACCACACACAUGAUAUUGUAUUAUUGGAGUAAGCAGCAGCAGCGGUAGCGGGCCAGUGUUUGAGGGAAGCGCGCAGCAACCCCAAGCGAUCGUAUGCGAUACCUUAACGCGUGAGGGGUAAAACAGAGCCUUUUCCUCCACCAUCGCGUUCUGUGUGAACCGACACGCAUAAACAAGACAAACAAAAUCUACACAACAUAAAACAAACACACAGUCCACGGUCGAAGGAAGGCUCACACCAUGGACGAUGAUCAGCAGUUCUGUCUUCGAUGGAACAAUCACCAGAGUACGCUCAUCUCGGUGUUCGACACACUGCUGGAGAAUGGUACACUGGUCGAUUGUACGUUGGCGGCCGAGGGAAAAUUGCUGAAGGCACACAAAGUCGUUCUGUCGGCAUGCAGUCCCUACUUUGCGACCAUACUCUCCCAGCAGUACGACAAGCAUCCAAUCUUCAUACUCAAAGAUGUGAAAUUUCAAGAACUGCGCGCCAUGAUGGACUACAUGUAUCGUGGCGAGGUAAACAUCUCCCAGGACCAGCUGGCCGCCCUGCUGAAGGCGGCCGAGUCGCUGCAGAUCAAGGGUCUGUCCGACAAUCGCAGCAGCUCGUCGUCCGGGACUGCCGCAGCAGGAGGCGGCGUGCACCAGAAGCAAAGCGAUGCGCCCGCCGCAAAAACUCUACAGCCUCCCGUACCUGCCAGCAAGGCAUCAGGUCUGACGAUCGAGAACAAACGGUCCCUCAAGUCCGAGUUGCUCGAGUCUGAUGUGUCCGGUUCGCGAGAAGGUUCAACUAGUCCCACGUCGCGAAAGCGUAAAAAAGUUCGCCGACGAAGCGUAGAUACGAACAACCUACUAAUAGAUAAUCAUGACCAGCAUUCAAAUUCCUCAUCACAUUCAAUGCACACCGCUGGUGGCGCUAACGUGGCUGCAGCCGUAGCCGCCGCCGGCGCUCCAGCCACCAACGUCGCCUCGUCUCUUUCCUCAGCAUCAUCCACGGCCGCUGCUGGCAGCAACACCAGCGCUAACGUGCUGUCCGUUGCCGCCGUGGCCGCUGCCGCCGUUCUCAAAAAGACUGAAACCGUUCAACAGGCAGCCGCGGAAACACUGAAGCUACAGAAGCAGCAGGCUGCCGCGGCUGCGGCCGCCGCCGCCGCCGCUGCACAGUCUUCUGACGAUGAGGAACGAUGCGGACCGGGCAGUGUGGCCACUGGCACCGAGCACGACGACGGUAACGAUCUUUCGGACAAUGAGCACGAUGGCGACGGCGGUUCUUCGGUGAAGUCUGGUUCGCGGCACCACCACCUUCGGGAUGGUAGCCGACGCGGCAAAACGUCCACCUCGUCGAUGGGCGAAAUGAUGAUCGAACCGAAAAGCGAGUACGAAGACGUGCAGGACGAGAAUGUGGAGGAUUUGACAAUGGACGAUGAAGAUCUAAUGGACGAACUGGACCAGGCCGGACCGAGCCACGGUGGCGAUGUAUCUAGUCAAGGGUUUGCACAAUGGCCGAUGGAACGUGAGCAAAACGAAGCGUUUAUUGCCGCUCAGGACGCUGUUGGUGGACAACAUCGAGACGCACAAGGCACCAAACGCAAAGUCGUGAUACUGACAUCGAAGCGCACGGCCAGCUCUGCCUUGGGUGACAACGGAAAUGGUGCUGCUUCUACCGGUGGUGGGAAUGUGACGGGAAGCAAAAAGAUCAAAACUAUUACGGUCACAACGGCCGAACCGGCCCUGCUGGUGGAGGAAAAUGAUAUCCCCAUCAUUACGCACCACGAAGAGCUGCGAUUGCGCCAGUCGGAUAGGCAGCAGCUGCAGCAGCAGCAGCAAAGUACGAUGAUCGUAAGCGGUGCUGUGUGCGGUGACGCUACGGGUGCAGGUAGUGCCGGUUCCUCCGCCGGCACAACCAUGACCAUAACGGCGACGCUGGCCGCCGAGGCAAGCGGUGACGAAGCGACACCAACCACGCUGAUCACUCACGCAACGCCGGUCGUACUGAACGAUUGUUUGCUGGAGAGCAAAAACAUCGUGGUGACCAAAAAGGAUAACAACUACAUCCUGUUCACGGCCGAUCCUUCUUCGCCGGAACCACCGACCACCAGCGGGGGCACGGCAGUAAUGCUACCCAUGCGUGGCGCGACGCUUGUCGCGACUGGAGGUGGAACGGCAGGGGGUGGUGGCAACUCGACCACCACCACCACCACCACUGCCACCAUAAUCGAUGCCAUGCGGAUAGAGGAUCUGUUGAAGAAGGAGAAGAUUAUCAAACAGACGGAGCUGCAUCCGGAUGGCACCACGGCGACGACGUACAUAUUCGAUGAGUGCGAUAUCCUUCCGCUCAAAACGACGACGGGAUCUAUUGCGAAAGGAAACAUAACGCUAGCAUCCGGAACAGUCGGUACGGCGAUGGUUGGCAAGAGAGUGUCGGGAGGUAAUGCUUCGUCACCGUCCGGUGGUACCAUAUCGGGAGCGUCGCUCGUUAAUACUGCCGGUGGAACCAUUGUAACGCCGGUUUCGAUACAGAAGGUGGACGCAUCGUCUAGCGAGCUUAUUGUACCGACGGUGGUGAAGAGCGAAGCUGCCAGUGGUGUGCGAAAACUGUCUACCAGUGCACUUGCUCCGGCCAAAACAUUCACCCAUCCCCGGAUCAAGUAUUCGCGGGCUAAGAACCCUUACAGCACUCCUGCCAACACUGGUAUAACGACUUCCACGAUAACGAUGCCUAUCCUGACCAUUCCCACGGUCACACCUUCGUCCGCUAGCUCCGGUAGCAGCGCCACGAUACAGGUGCAGGAAGUAGCGCAGCAGCUAGCUCCACCAACGGCUACCGUGGCCGGAACCGAGCGACAGUUGUUGAACUUUUCGCUGUCACGUAAACUGGGAUCGUCAGGGCAACAGUCCCAGCAGCACGUCACGAUCACUGGCGCAGGACCUCCCGGCCUGACGACGAUCAAUGCUUCGACCCUACAGCAGAUCCCGAUAGCUGCAGCCAUAAGUGGUGCUAAUGCACGCGGCGGCUCGGUGACUACCCGCUACACGGUGAACGAAUACGAAACGUCGGGCUCUAACACGUCCCAGAGCGCUGACUUCCCGCCUGGAAUGAUCGACGAUCUCGAUUACUCGGUAAUAGAGGACAUUGAUCUGUCCGAUGGGGUGUCGACCAAUUUCAGCAACGUGGUCGCUGCCGCCGCGGCAGCCAUGAAUGUAGUCUCCUCUGGUCAGCAGCAACAGCAGCAGCAACAACAACAACAGCAACAGCAACAGCAACAACAGCAAACGACGACCAUAGCGGGAAGCAAAAUGUCAUCGGACGUGGAUAACAAUGGAUCUCAAAGUGACGACGAUGAUGGUGAUAUGAUGGACGAGGGCGGAGAUGAGGGUAGUGGCGAUCUGGGGCACGAUGACGACGGCGAACACAUCACAAAGUACAACACGAAGAUGCUGAAGCUGAAGAAGGACAGUGGACCGAUGGCUGGGGCAAAGCUGCUGAACGCAUCGGUUGGCGACAGCAAGUAUGCGCUGCUAGCGAAUCCAAACAUUAUGCGAAAUUUCGAAUACACGGUAAAUGAGUCGACCGGGGUAAGUGAUACGGAUGACGGCGAGGUCCGCCAGUAUGUGUGCAGACACUGUGGGAAGCGAUACCGCUGGAAGUCAACUUUGCGGCGUCACGAAAAUGUCGAGUGCGGUGGCAAGGAAGCGUCGCACCAGUGUCCCUACUGCAGCUACAAGGCGAAACAGCGCGGCAAUCUCGGUGUGCACAUACGCAAGCAUCAUUCGGAGAUGCCGCAGCUGGAGAGCCGCCGUAGGUCAAACAAGUCGCGCCAUUCGAUGUAACUGAUGAGUUCAUAAUUUUGAUCUUUCUCUUUUUCUCAUAGCAGUACCCCAGUGAUUUGUGUGACAUUUCUGCUUAACUAAACACUUUCAGGAUCUCUAUUAACCUACCCUUGCCUACAAACACAGUAUCCUGUGUCUGUAGAAACCUGAUACAUUGUGGAGUAUGGCAUUAUUUGUUUUUUUUUUAUGUCCAAUUCUUUUAAUUGGAACCAAUUCUAUUGGUUUUAUGAGCAACAGAAGUUGAAAGAAGUCACUGAUAUUGCCGGGAACAUGAGUGGUGGAAUGAGUGGAAGAUGAGAUAUUCCCAUGAGUGGUGUACAGGCAGGCCUCGGCCGACAACGGUUGCUGCGCUAAAGAAAAAGACAAAGAAGAAGAUGAAAGAUGGCUUGCGAUUUUUGGCAAAUUGCCAAGAUUUGAAAGGUAACAAACUGUUACGGCCAUCAGGACUUAGUAUUGCACCUUUCUCCUCAUCAAUUAGGAGGAUUAAAUGAUUGUUUUUUUUUUGUUACUAUAUUGGAUUGUUGAAUCCUAAAGUGUAUUCUUGGACUCAAUCAUAUUUUAUCGACUUAGAUUUCGAUUCUAGUCAACUGUCAUCGAUGCCUGUUUAGACAGGUAGAUUGUAAAAAUAAGCAAGUUGAUACAUAUCAGAUCCUUAUUAGUGACAUUGAUAUAUUGGGACGAUAUUUGGUCCAUACAUGUGGAGAUCGUCUAAGCUACCCUAUUUGUCAGAUUGUUAGCUUGAAUGCUUCUUAACAAGGACCUUCUUGCCAAGAACUGAUUGCAAGCAUGCCUAUAAUUGAAAUGGAUGCUUAGAAGAUGGUAAUGAGGCAAACAUUGCAGUUGUUUUUUUUAACGAGUUUACGAAACAGCCUCUAUAACUACUUCGAGGUAUGUUCAACAUAUUUUAUGAUGAUGGUCAUGGUGAUAAUGCAUUGGUCAUGAUUAUUCAUUCAUUAGACGUGCUACAAUAUUAAAGCGUGUUAGAUCAAUGUGUUUGCUCCAAGAAAUAGUUAUUUCUUGUAAAGUAAAGCCAAAUUUUCUUAGGAACUCUACAAAAUACACAUGUCGCUGUUGGUUUUAUUUAUAUGUUUCCGUCGUAUUUGAUUGCCAGUAACUCCGUUGUCUUAUCUAUCUAUCUAUAUUACACCUAAACUUUAGUACAGUCGUCAUGCCGAUCAGUGUAAUGGUUUGAAGAAGCUUGAGAUCCAUCCUUUGCCAUCCUUAAAAGCGUUUUUUUAAAAAGCGACAGAGCCAAAUUAUAGCGACUGCCCAUGUCCCCGUCUGUGUGCUGGUUUGAUGCUCCUUUUGAGGAGAGUAUUUUUGACCGGCCGGGUCAGAGUCGCGUGCUACAUUUAAAACAAGAAAAUGUUUUCUUUAAAAUUAGCGGUUAAGAUUUUACAUAAUUUAAGUAAUGUGUACCGUUUGCUAUUAUUCAUAUGUUUGAUAUAUAUACGUAUAAACAAGUGUGUAUGUGUGAGUGUAGUGUGCGCUAUUGUACUAAUGACAAAGGGAUUCAAACACUUUCCUUUUUUAACUAUAUCAUUUUGCAUUCGCCAUUUCGUUUUCAUGACAUAUAAUGGUGGUCGUAGGUGGGCGUUGAUGCUUUGCACUCUCCCCUGCCUGUCUACCCCAUUCGGAGUGAAAAACACAAUGUUUUCUUACAAACAAGAUUUAAUAAAAAUAGCGUGUAAUCUACAUUGAAUUAUAGCCUCUCCUAAGUAAUUUUCGUGUGUUGCAUUACAUCAUCAUGCAUUUUAAACUGUUGCUUUUGGAGGAAUAGAAUGGUCUUAAUUAUCGUUAUACGAUACAUAUGAUUGCUGAAAUUUCAUCACACUGAGUUGAAACGUGUGCUGCUGCUACUAUGCUAGUGUUACUUAUCAUUAAAGGGGCACAACUGAACAUUGCAAACUGCUUCCAACAUGCAUUUUAAGCAAAUAUUAUACAACGCAUUGCAAAAAAAUGCAUUGAGCAAAACUUAAAACUAAUUUUUGUUUGAUUCUCAUUUAGUAUUGAUGGAAAUUAACAACUGUGCAUUUUUUAAAUUAAGUUUGUUUCAUUUAUGCAGAAUUCACAAUUUUUUUUUUAAUUUACCCGGAUUGAUUUCAUAUUGCUGACCAUUCACCGGCACAGUGUGUGAGGUAUCAUUGUGUGGAUUAAGGCUACUCUCGAAAAGAAAAGUGGAACAAAAAGAUCGUCGCGGUGUAGUUAAUGUUGAAGCAUACAAAUUAGAUUCUAGUAUUCAACUCCUGCGUGUGUCGUCCGGUAGAUUAGAGAUGGUGCCGUGUAGUGCGCAGAACCAGAGAACAAAAAUAUUUACGAAGCGUCAGUUAAGAAGACGAGGAAAACAAAAAGAAACCAGUUUAGUGUGUGAAAACGUUAUAUACAAAGCUAAAACAAAAAGAAAACCCCUUUGUGAUGGAGGUGAUUACACAAAACACAUCAAAUGUUUGAAAACGAUAUUUUGGCCGAAGCAAAACCAUGUGUGUGAGUUCAAAUGGCAAAUGGAACCAGUUAUUAGGCUUAAACAAGGAUUACAGAGAGGAGUAAAACGUAAUACGCAAAUUAAAAAUCAGUUGUUAGAUUCACACACACACACACACACAAAAAAGCGCAUUAAAGUUAAGAGUUUUAUAGAGUGUCAAUGUUUGUUCUCUCUCUCCCCCUCUCUCUCUAUCGUGAUGCUUAUAAGAACAACGUAUAGAGUGCUACAUGAAGCGAUCAAACAGAAACUUAUUUUGUGUAUAGAGAGCGAGUGUCGUCGUGCGUACAUCUACAUUUUAUAUAUGAAAACACAGAAAACAAACAGCAAAACGAAGCCAAAAAUAAUGACGCGGAGUGUAGUCGUGUGUGCGUGUGGUGUAGCCAGAACAAAACACACGGGCUUACGAAUGAAUUGAUUAAAAAUGUGCAAAUAGUUGUAAUAAUAACGGUAAACCAUGCCCAGAAGAAUAGAGCUAUUUUAAAAUCAUACUAUUUUAGCGAAGUAAAAUGCCCAAUUGCAAGAUGUUCACGGAGUAAAAACGCGUAGGGGGAACCAUGUAAUUGGGAUGCAAUACUAAAAUCAUGUACACCCCCGCGCCCACAUCCAUCUUUACACCCACAAAAACAGCUCGAUCGGGACUACAAAACUAAAAGCAAGAUAGGGUUAAACUGAAGAGCAAAUAACAUAUAAACAAAAGGAAGCGAAAUCAUCAGGAGCUGUAGAGGAAGGCAGGGCAAGUAAAACACAAACAAUCGUAUGAAAAAGGAACAAAUAUUUGCGUAAGGCUCAACACAUAUGCAAAACAAAACAUUAAAAAAAACGCAAAAUGAGUUAUAAGAACCAA